UUAUUUACCAAGAAAAACUCUGCAGUCUGUUAUUCUUUUUCUUCAAGGCUAGCUGACGCGUACACCACUCGAACAAAUUUGUUCUAGAACUAUUUCGUUCGUGAAUUAUACCAACAGAUCAAACUUUUAUUGAAAGUGCCAUUGAAAAAUCACAUUGUAACAAGUGUGUCAAAUUUUCAAACGAGUGUGUGUGACCCACGACGAGUAAGACUUCUUCCGUCUUCUCCAUGUGAUAUUCCCUUCUGGGAGUGCUGCUGCCAGUGGCCUACGUGACUUCCAACAUUUUACGUGUGCCAUUUUUCGUGCCGGCUUGUUUUCCAACCCCUUUUUUUUCUUUUAAAACAAAAUAGAAGAUCGUCUUUUAUUCCACCAUUUAUACAGAGAAAUUGCUUGAGCAGAUUCUUUCUAGCACUUGGACAGCAAAACUCUCACUGAAUGCUUUCAUCAACUUCAAGAACUUAAUUCCAAAUGACGGUGGUGUAAUUUAUUGCUGAUAAUUGGUUCCGUCAAAUUACACAUUCACAAACAAUGGACUCUGAAUGGCAUCCGUGGAUCGGUUCUGUGGCUGGUGCCAUGCUCGUCGGUCUCAGUGGCAUCGUCCCACUCCUCGUAUUUCCUGAUCCGUCUAAAUUGAAAAAUCCCUCAUCAUCUACUCCUUUAGAACAAAGUCCAAAUUUCAGACUCUUGCUGAGUUUCGCGGUCGGUGGCCUCCUGGGUGACGUUUUCUUGCACCUGUUGCCCGAAGCCUGGCACUUGAUUCGUCUCGGAAAUGAUUCCAACCGAGGGCAAGUCCAACUGGGCAUGUGGCUCAUUGCUGGAUUGUUCGCCUUCGCUUUACUGGAACGACUUCUCAGCUCAACGGCCGAGGCAGCCGAAGAUAACGAGUCGAGCCAGGAAUUGGCCCAGCAGGAAGACGAGGACUCUGACACACAAAACAAUAACGAUCCCUGCGACAAGAAACGUCAAGAAAAGAAAGAUUUUACCAAACGGAAGAAUUCCGCCCCACCGUCGCAAUUAUCUCUGCUCAAUCCGUUCCACGGAAUGUCUUCAAAACAAGUGACGGGCUACUUGAAUCUGUUGGCUAACGGCAUUGAUAACUUCACCCACGGUUUGGCCGUGGCCGGUUCUUUCCUCGUCUCGACUCGAGUGGGACUUUUAACAACGGCUGCCAUCCUUCUUCAUGAGAUACCACAUGAAGUUGCAGAUUUUGCUAUAUUGCUCCGAGCAGGUUUCGGUCGAUGGGAUGCGGCAAAGGCCCAGCUUGGUACAGCAACUAUCGGGAUCGCUGGGGCUAUGACGGCCUUAAUAUCCAACGGUUCAGACCUGGCCGAUGGUCGUAUUACAUCCUGGAUUCUACCCUUUACAGCUGGCGGCUUCCUCCAUAUUGCUUUGGUUACUGUGGUUCCAGAACUUCUCGAGGAAUCGCAUCCGAAACAAUCCUUUUUACAAUUGGUCUUUGUGGUGGCCGGUAUCGCCGCCACGGCUGGCGUUUCAUUAAUAGUCGAUUGAAACGCUCCAAUAAUCCCCGCCGCAAAGACCAUAACAACUAAAUCAUCAAAUUUGUCACGUCGCCCUAUUGCAUAUGACAGACAUGAUUUCAUUAUUUUCAGAGUAUUCUUUAAUUAAUCACGCGAGCAAAUGACCAACCAAACUUUUCUUUAAUCACGAGAAACUUUUUUUUUCUUUUUGUUAAAUUGCACCCACAUGUUUAUUAUUAUUUUUCCCGGGGGGUGUUAGAUGGCAAAAAAGAAACAAAUAUCAAGGAAUUCCUACCAUGGUGUUUUUGUGAUGUCGUAUCCGGGAUCAACUUAUGCGUGUUGUUCUUUCCUUUUUUAUUAAAAAAAACAACAUUUAAAUAAGCGAGUCAUUUCAGGGGAUUUUUGUGUUACAAAAUUAAAUGUUAUAUUGGCGUGAGAAUAAAAAAAAAGUAAGAUGUGUA